ACUGGCUCAAGGCGAGCGAGGAGACUCUCUGUGGGCCAAAGUCCAUAGUGGAGGGGGGAAGCAAUGUGGCCCCUUCUUUCCAUGCUGACCGUCUUAUGUGUCCAGAUGUUGCUGGUGAUGUGCAAUCCUUUACAGCAGGUCCUUGGUGUGGAUGGAGUGAACUUCAGUGUGCAUGUAGAGAACCAGACACAGGUGCGAGACACCAUGAGUCGCAAACAUCACCGGGUCUACCAGCUCUACAGCCGCACCAGUGGCAAACACGUGCAAGUCAUUGGUCGCAGAAUCAGCGCUCGCGGAGAGGAUGGGGACAAAUAUGCCCAGCUUGUAGUGGAGGCCGACACCUUUGGUAGCCAGGUGAGAAUCCGAGGCAAAGAAACAAAUUUCUACCUGUGUAUGAACCGACGAGGGAAGUUGGUGGGAAAGAAGGCCAGUAACCGUAGCGCUGACUGCGUCUUUGUGGAAAAGGUGCUUGAAAACCACUACACUGCUCUGAUGUCAGCACGCUACACUGGUUGGUACGUAGGCUUCACAAAACGAGGCCGCCCUCGCCGUGGAAAUCUCACACUCCCCAACCAGCAGGAGGUGCACUUCAUGAAGCGGUUCCCCCCAGGGGAGCAGCCUGACCUGACCACUCCGUUCCGCUUCACCACCAUCAGCAAACGAAGUAAGAGAGUCCGCGCUACAGGGCCCCGCUAGCAGCAGGACUCGAGUACCCCAAACAUGUGGUCAUCUCUUUGGCAGAGGCCUCCCUUUGCUGGGACAAACAUUGACUAGAAAUGAGUUGAAUCAUACAUGGGGUAUAGCUUUACACCUAUUAUUUUGCCACUCCAACCCCUGAAUGUUAUUGUAAAGACAUUUUCAGCUGGACAUCUUAUACUGAUUCAAAGGACCUAUCUCUGAAUACAUAGAAUCUGGGUUGGGCAAAGACACCACACUACCCAGGCCUCCGGAUCUCAACCGUCUGAACUGUUCUGAAGUGAUGGAAGAGAGACCAAAAUGGAAUUUCUAAUGAACCAUGACUGAACAGAAGGCCUUUGCUGAUAAUGCAAAAAAGGGGGCCUUAAGGGUGUGACAUUACCCCUUAUAAUGGACUAUUGACAUGUGACGCACUUACUUGUCUCACUGCUUAGUUAGUGAGGUUGCUGUGUGGAUGAAAUGAUGAAUGAGGAAAUAAUGAGGGUGUUUCUGAAUAAAUGUUUGUAAAAGAUGAUGUGUGUGUGUAGACCAGGAGCUACAAGUGAAGCUGGAUGUAAAGGGACUUUGGGAAAGGGACCAAAAACAGUCACUGCUGGGACUGAAGCUAAAAGAACUGGAAUGUAUAAAACAAACUGUACCAAAAAUGAACAGCGCCACUCAAACCAAACAAGACUAGCAACCAAAGACAACAGGUGACGACUCCUCCUCCUCACCUGACCCCUGAGGACACACAGCGACGGUGAGGAGAGUGCCUUCUCUAUGAGCAUCGCUAUAGAAAUGACUCAAGGGAUGAUGCUCCCAUACGAAACUAUGGAUACAGAGUGCUGCUACCAAGACAUUCAGCGGAACAAACCAAAGUGUCAUGUAUACACACAGGACAAAGAAAACUUAAGGGAACAAUUUAUGAAAAAAUUAUAUAUUAUAUAUAUAUGUAUAUGAAAGAAGACAGGAACCCUAAUUAAGCAAACUUACUACGAUGGUUACUGUAAUUAUAAAAUUAUUUCUUUUAUUUAUUUCAGCUCUGUGUGCAGCAGUCUCU